AUGGAACUCCCAUUCACCACCGUCGACGUCUUCACGGACAAGCCCUUUGAGGGCAACCCCCUGGCCAUUGUCACGAUCCCGGCCUCGGUCUCCCUGACGCAGGAGCAGAAGCAAACCAUCGCCAGAGAGUUCAACUAUUCCGAGACCACAUUCGUGCACGAAGAUGACGACCCCGCAUCCACUGAGCGGCGCUUCGACAUCUUCAAGACGACGGUGGAGCUUCCCUUUGCGGGACACCCCACCGUUGGCACGGCCGUCUUCCUCAAGCCCCGCGGCAUCAAGAAAUUGAUUGCAAAAGCCGGGCCCAUCGCCAUCGACGAGACGGGCCCCGAGUCCGUACGGGCCGCUAUACCCCACAAUAACCGUCUCCAUCAGAAGCGUUUGAGAGACCUGGGCCCCGGCCCGUACAGCAAUGCGCCGCCGGAACUUGCCACAGCGGAGAUUGAAGCCCCUGUCUUUAGCAUUGUGGACGGCAUGACGUUUGCUCUUGUCGAACUGUCCUCGCUGGAAUUGCUGGCUUCUGCAAAGAUUGGACCCAUAGAUUUCCGGCAGCAAGAGCUCUUGGACGAGGGCUGGCGCGAGACUUUAAUUUCUCGAUACUACUAUGUGCGGCUUGGUACCGAGACCGUUGAUGGGCGUGUUGUGCACAAGAUCAGAACUCGUCUGAUCGAGCCUGACUUGGAGGAUCCUGCAACCGGUAGCGCUGCUUGCGCGCUUUCGAGCUACCUGAGUUUGUUUGAACUGUCUGGUGAUGCACUUAGCUUCGAGAUCACGCAGGGAGUCGAGAUGGGCCGGAGGAGCAACAUUUACAUUGACACAAAGCUUGGAAAGAGUGCUGAUGGUGCGCGAAAGUUGGAGACGUUGCAUCUUGGAGGAACGGCAAGAAAAGUGAUGAGUGGUACCAUCUUUUUGGAAUCAUGA